GCCGCUAACUGUACAUUUGAGUUGACUGUUAUGGAUGUUGUAGAAGAUCGAGAAGACCCGGAUGAGAAUUUCUGUGCCUACUACGAUGAUGACGCUUGUCGGUUCGCUUAUAUUUACUCCUAUGAUGAGAAGAGGAAAAUCGUCAUCAAAGCUAAGAAAGAGAGGGAAUGCCCCUUACCAGUUAAUGUGUUAGGUAUUGUGCUGAGUGUGAUCGGAGCUAUUGUGCUAAUCGGGUCAGCACUUCUCCUGCUGUGGAAGCUAGUCACCACAAUACAUGACCGCAGAGAGUUCAUCUGUGUUACUGUUGUUCCUUGUAAGCAGGUAUUUUGCUGGGUGUGAUUGGAGCUAUUGUGCUGAUCGGGUCAGAACUUCUCCUG